AUGGAAAGGCUCCAUGUGAAGUGGCAGUGGCUUGUUGCAAGGUUAAAACCAUUUGAAAUUAUUAUUUUACUGACUAUUUUUGCCAAUUGUGUGGCCUUAGCUAUCUAUAUCCCCUUUCCAGAAGAUGAUUCCAACGCAACCAAUUCUAAUCUGGAACGAGUGGAAUAUCUCUUUCUCAUAAUUUUUACAGUGGAAGCAUUUUUAAAAGUAAUAGCAUAUGGACUUCUCUUUCAUCCUAACGCUUACCUCCGCAAUGGCUGGAAUUUACUAGAUUUUAUAAUUGUGGUAGUAGGGCUUUUUAGUGCAAUUUUAGAACAAGCAACCAAAGCUGAUGGAGUGAAUUCAAUAGGAGGCAAAGGCGCUGGAUUUGAUGUCAAAGCACUUCGGGCUUUCCGAGUAUUACGCCCCUUACGGCUGGUAUCUGGAGUUCCUAGCCUUCAGGUGGUUUUAAAUUCCAUUAUCAAGGCCAUGGUCCCUUUGCUGCACAUUGCCCUGCUGGUGCUGUUUGUCAUAAUUAUCUAUGCCAUCAUUGGGCUCGAGCUCUUCAUGGGGAAGAUGCACAAGACCUGCUACUUGCUAGGGGUAACAGACACACCGGCAGAAGAGGAUCCCUCUCCUUGUGCACCUCACUUAGCACAUGGGCGGCAGUGUCAGAACGGCACCGAAUGCAGACCAGGAUGGGAGGGACCCAAGCAUGGCAUUACCAACUUCGACAACUUUGCCUUCGCCAUGUUAACUGUGUUUCAGUGCAUCACCAUGGAGGGCUGGACAGAUGUACUGUACUGGAUGCAGGACGCUAUGGGCUAUGAAUUACCCUGGGUGUACUUUGUCAGUCUGGUCAUCUUUGGAUCCUUUUUCGUACUUAAUCUGGUUCUUGGUGUGUUGAGCGGGGAGUUUUCUAAAGAAAGGGAAAAGGCAAAAGCUCGGGGUGACUUUCAGAAGUUGCGGGAGAAACAGCAGCUGGAGGAGGACUUGAAAGGGUACCUAGACUGGAUAACUCAAGCAGAAGAUAUUGACCCAGAAAAUGAAGACGAAGGAAUGGAUGAGGAGAAGCCCCGAAACAGAAACACUCCAGCUGGCUUGCCUGAUAAGAAGAAAGGAAAGUUUGCUUGGUUUAGUCACUCCUCAGAACCUCAUGUGAGCAUGCCCACCAGUGAAACAGAAUCUGUCAACACUGAUAAUGUGGCAGGAGGUGAUAUUGAGGGAGAAAACUGCGGAGCACGGCUGGCACAUCGGAUCUCUAAAUCUAAGUUUAGCCGCUACUGGCGCAGAUGGAAUCGAUUCUGUAGAAGAAAGUGUCGAGCCGCUGUCAAAUCCAAUGUGUUCUACUGGCUAGUGAUCUUUCUUGUGUUUCUCAACACCCUCACCAUUGCCUCUGAACACUACAACCAGUCAGAGUGGCUCACUGAAGUCCAAGACACUGCGAAUAAGGUACUGCUGGCUCUUUUCACGGCUGAGAUGCUGCUGAAGAUGUACAGCCUGGGUCUUCAGGCCUAUUUUGUGUCGCUCUUCAACCGCUUUGACUGUUUUAUCGUGUGUGGAGGAAUCCUGGAAACCAUCUUGGUGGAAACCAAGAUCAUGUCACCACUGGGUAUCUCAGUGCUGAGAUGUGUCCGACUGCUGAGAAUAUUUAAAAUCACAAGGUACUGGAACUCCUUGAGUAAUCUGGUGGCAUCCCUGCUCAACUCAGUCCGCUCCAUUGCCUCUCUACUGCUGCUCCUCUUCCUCUUCAUCAUCAUCUUCUCCCUCCUAGGGAUGCAGCUGUUUGGGGGGAAGUUUAACUUUGAUGAGAUGCAAACCAGAAGAAGCACAUUUGACAACUUUCCCCAGUCACUACUUACUGUGUUCCAGAUCCUGACUGGGGAGGACUGGAAUUCGGUGAUGUAUGAUGGAAUCAUGGCUUAUGGCGGCCCCUCUUUUCCAGGAAUGUUGGUCUGUAUUUACUUCAUCAUCCUCUUCAUCUGUGGAAACUACAUCCUACUGAAUGUCUUCUUGGCCAUUGCUGUGGACAAUCUUGCUGAUGCUGAGAGCUUGACAUCUGCCCAAAAAGAAGAGGAAGAGGAAAAAGAAAGGAAAAAACUAGCUAGGACAGCUAGUCCUGAAAAGAAGCAGGAGCCUGAGAAGCCAGCCAUAGAGGGGGAGAUGAAGGAAGAGAAAAUUGAACUGAAAUCGAUCACUGCUGAUGGAGAGUCUCCGCCUUCUAACAAGAGCAAUGUAGAUGAAUAUCAGCCUAAUGAAAACGAAGAAAAGAAUCCCUAUCCUACCACGGAAACGCCAGGAGAGGAAGAAGAAGAAGAGCCUGAGAUGCCCGUUGGCCCUCGUCCACGCCCAAUGUCUGAGCUACACCUCAAAGAGAAAGCAGUGCCAAUGCCAGACGCCAGUGCAUUUUUCGUCUUCAGCCCCAGCAACAGGUUUCGGGUCCACUGCCAUCGCAUCGUUAACAAUAACAUUUUCACCAACCUGAUCCUCUUUUUCAUCUUGCUCAGCAGCAUCUCUCUGGCAGCUGAGGACCCUGUCCGUCACUCCUCCGUUAGGAAUCAAAUCCUAGGCAAUGCAGAUUAUGUCUUCACUAGUAUCUUUACAUUAGAAAUUAUUCUUAAGAUGACAGCUUACGGGGCUUUCCUUCACAAAGGAUCCUUCUGCAGGAACUACUUCAACAUCCUGGACCUGCUGGUGGUUAGCGUUUCUCUCAUCUCCUUUGGGAUCCAGUCUAGUGCCAUCAAUGUAGUGAAGAUACUGCGAGUCUUGCGAGUGCUCCGACCACUGAGGGCCAUCAACAGAGCCAAAGGACUGAAGCAUGUUGUCCAGUGUGUGUUUGUAGCCAUCCGGACUAUUGGGAACAUUGUGAUUGUCACCACAUUGUUGCAGUUCAUGUUUGCCUGCAUUGGAGUUCAGUUGUUCAAGGGCAAAUUGUACAGCUGCAGUGAUAGCUCCAAACAAACAGAGGCAGAGUGCAAGGGGAAAUUUAUUACUUACAAGGAUGGGGAGGUCUCCCAACCAAUGGUCCACAAGCGAUACUGGGAGAAUAGCAAAUUUGAUUUUGACAACGUCCUUACUGCCAUGAUGGCCCUCUUCACCGUUUCAACCUUUGAAGGCUGGCCAGAACUGCUGUAUCGAUCUAUUGAUUCCCAUCUGGAAGAUGUGGGACCCAUCUAUAACCACAGGGUGGAGAUUUCCAUUUUCUUCAUUAUCUACAUCAUCAUCAUCGCUUUCUUCAUGAUGAACAUCUUCGUUGGUUUCGUCAUCGUCACUUUUCAGGAGCAAGGAGAACAGGAGUACAAGAACUGUGAGCUGGACAAGAACCAGCGGCAGUGUGUAGAAUACGCUCUGAAGGCCCGCCCCCUGCGAAGGUACAUCCCCAAAAACAAGUACCAGUACAAAGUUUGGUAUGUGGUGAACUCCACCUAUUUUGAAUACCUGAUGUUCAUCCUCAUCCUGCUGAAUACCAUCUGCCUGGCCAUGCAGCACUAUGGCCAGAGCUGCCUCUUCAAGGAAGCCAUGAACAUCCUCAACAUGCUGUUCACCGGCCUCUUCACCGUUGAGAUGGUCCUGAAAUUAAUUGCCUUCAAACCCAAGCACUAUUUCUGUGAUGCAUGGAAUACAUUUGACGCCUUGAUUGUUGUGGGUAGCAUUGUUGAUAUAGCAAUCACCGAGGUGAACCCAGCUGAACAUACCCAAUGCUCUUCCUCUAUGAACGCAGAGGAAAACUCUCGCAUCUCAAUCACCUUUUUCCGACUCUUCCGUGUGAUGCGUCUGGUGAAGCUCUUGAGCCGAGGGGAGGGCAUCCGCACGCUGCUUUGGACCUUCAUCAAGUCUUUCCAGGCUCUCCCCUAUGUGGCCCUUUUAAUAGUGAUGCUGUUUUUUAUCUAUGCUGUGAUCGGGAUGCAGGUGUUUGGUAAAAUUGCCAUGAAUGAUACUACAGAAAUCAACCGAAACAACAACUUUCAGACUUUCCCUCAAGCAGUGCUGCUGCUUUUCAGGUGUGCUACUGGUGAAGCAUGGCAGGAGAUCAUGCUGGCGUGCCUCCCGAAUAAGAAGUGUGACGAUGAUUCCUUGGAAACAAACAGCUCUGCCGAAGAGGUGUAUUCCUGUGGAAGCAGCUUUGCCAUCUUUUAUUUCAUUAGUUUCUACAUGCUUUGUGCCUUUCUGAUCAUUAAUCUUUUUGUAGCUGUUAUCAUGGAUAACUUUGACUACCUGACACGGGACUGGUCAAUUCUUGGACCUCAUCAUUUGGAUGAAUUUAAACGUAUUUGGGCUGAAUAUGAUCCUGAAGCUAAGGGACGUAUCAAACACCUAGAUGUGGUGACACUUCUGCGCCGGAUACAGCCUCCACUGGGCUUUGGCAAGCUCUGUCCUCACCGAGUGGCUUGUAAACGCCUUGUCUCCAUGAAUAUGCCACUGAAUAGUGAUGGGACUGUCAUGUUUAAUGCCACUCUCUUUGCACUGGUCAGAACAGCACUGAGGAUUAAAACAGAAGGUAACUUGGAGCAAGCCAAUGAAGAGCUGCGUGCAAUCAUUAAGAAAAUCUGGAAACGUACCAGUAUGAAGCUUCUGGAUCAGGUUGUCCCCCCAGCAGGUGAUGAUGAGGUAACAGUUGGAAAGUUCUAUGCCACAUUCCUAAUCCAAGAGUAUUUCCGGAAAUUCAAGAAACGCAAAGAACAGGGCCUUGUUGGUAAACCUUCACAGCGAAAUGCACUUUCCCUCCAGGCUGGUCUGCGUACGUUACAUGACAUUGGGCCAGAGAUCCGACGGGCUAUCUCUGGAGACUUGACCGCUGAAGAAGAGUUAGACAAGGCCAUGAAAGAAGCCGUUUCUGCUGCCUCUGAGGAUGAUAUCUUCAGAAGAGCUGGUGGGCUGUUUGGAAAUCAUGUCAGCUACUACCAGAGUGAUGGAAGAAGUUCAUUUCCUCAGACAUUCACCACUCAGCGCCCUUUGCACAUCAACAAAUCUAGCAACAACCAGGGAGACACAGAAUCCCCCUCCCAUGAGAAGCUUGUGGAUUCCACCUUCACUCCAAGCAGUUACUCCUCAUCAGGCUCCAAUGCUAACAUCAACAAUGCCAACAACACUGCCCUCAGCCGCUUCCCCAGCCCACCAAGGUAUCCCAGCACUGUCAGCACUGUAGAAGGCCACAGCACUCCUUUGUCACCCUCUGCACGAAUCCGGGAACCCCCGUGGAAGCUUGGCUGCAGAAGGACACAUUACUAUGAAGCACUGGGGCGGUCCUGUUCUAGAGACAGCCAGGUGGCUAUUGUUUGUGAGGAGGAGCCUUCUCAGGAAGAAGAAAUGUAUGAUGAGCAACUGAAUGAAGAAGUGGAAUACUGCAGUGAACCAAGCCUGCUGUCUCCCGAAAUGCUCUCAUACCAAGACGAUGAACACAGACAGCUAACUCCUCCUGAAAACAGCAAAGGGGAAGAUACCAGACACUCUCCAAAGCGGGGAUUCUUGCGUUCCUCAUCACUAAAUCGAAGAGCAUCCUUUCACCUGGAAUGUCUAAAAAGACAGAAAAAUCCAAGUGCAGUAGGCCCACAAAAGACAGUACUACCUUUGCAUUUGGUACAUCAGCAGGCACUAGCAGUUACAGGUAUGAGUCCUCUUCUUCAAAGACGCCAUUCGCCUGUGAGAGCCUCUCGAUCAUGUGCCACACCCCUCACUACACCAUGUACAGAAAGCUGGCCACAGCAGCCUAUUAAAACCUUACAGAGUGAUGGAGAGGAAUCUAAUGAGAAACUCAAUAGUAGCUUCCCAUCAGUACAGGGCAGCUCCUUAUAUUCGGAUGGCACUCGCUCUAGCAGCACUCGAAAAGUGAGGCCAGUCUCCCUCACAGUUCCCAGCCAGACUACAGAGUGCAGGAGACAAUUUCAUGGCAGCGCUAACAGCCUUGUAGAAGCGGUCUUGAUUUCCGAAGGACUGGUGCAGUUUGCUCAAGAUCCAAAGUUCAUUGAGGUCACGACCCAAGAGUUAGCGGAUGCCUGUGAAUUGACGAUAGAAGAAAUGGAGAAUGCUGCAGACAAUAUUCUCAAUGGUAACAGCAAGCCAAGCCCCAAUGGCAAACUCUUGCCUUUUGUUAACUGCAGGGACUCAGGGCAGGACUGUAUGGGAGAGGAAGAAGCAGCAGCCCAGAACCCAGAUUGUAAAAAAAGUCAAGAGGAGUCUAAGGACAGCAGGAUUUAUAUCAGCAGCCUGUAGUUGCCAAGGCUGAAAGUAAUGCUGGUUUUUUAAUUUGUUUCAAUGUUCCUAAUGGGUUUGUUUCAGAAGUGCCUCACUGUUCUCGUGACCUGGAGUAACCAGAACAGCGUUCUUCAUUCGUUUCUGUUGGGACGAGUCGCAGAGUUGGGUGGUGUAAAAGAGCUUUUCAAGAGUGAAUAUACAACCCCAGCAUGUGUCCAUGAAGGAGAAAGAGGAGAGUGAGCACCCUCCUCCUUUCAGUCCCUGCACAAGGAACAACGGCUGCUUCCUGAAUAUGAAGGAAAACCUCAGCUUCCUGCGGAUGACUUUAGUCAAAAGGACACUGCAUCAAACGGGUGUCUUUCAACUUUGCUUGUACAAAAAAAUCAUUUUGCACAUAUUCUGUAUGAGCCUCAACGUCUCCAUAAAGCCAAGGCCCUUUUGAUCUGCAAGUGGAAUAGUAGACUUCUGCUGUGGAUCCCUGCACUUUGCUGAGGAGGAGGAAGCAGAAGCUCUAAGGGUACAGGAGAUGCAGGUGGCAAUAUUGCAGAUGUUUGUUGAUAGAAAUGCAGAGACUCCCAGGCAGUUUUCUCUGCCAACCAAUCAGAGCUCAGGCAGUCUUCCUGCCAACCAAUCAGAGCUCAGGCAGUCUGCUGGGCCAGCUGCUCAAAGAGCAGGAAACCAGCUCUGCCAAAUCGGAGUUCAGGCAACCCGCCCAUUUCGAAGAGAGGUGGUGAUGGGCUUAUGUAGAUCUCUCCUUGUUUUUGCCGUUUGAUAUUUUCUUGAAAGCAUGUUCCAAUUUUUAUUUUUGAAUACUUUUGUUUUAUUGUAUUUUAUUUUUUGAGGGAGAGGGGUAAAGGAAGUGUUUACAAAAAGUUUUGUAAUCACAUACCUUUUAUUUUAUUUUAAUUUUUCACCUUUGCAAAUGUUUAAAAUUGGUUUGAUUACGUUGUACUAUUUAAAAUUUUGUUUUCCUCCAUUGAAAUUUGGUAGAAGCUAAUAAUGAUAUUAGAAGAGUUUUGCCAACCAUUAUGUACACCAGAAUUUGUAAUUUUAUUUGAAAUAAUGGGAAACUCCUUUUUUGUUGUUGUUUUAUAAUUUAAAGAUAGUAGGCAAUGCACUUGAUAUAGUCUUGCACAUAUGAAUGAUCGAUUUGGAUUCUUUUUAAUGCUAGGUUAUUUACGGGUGAGUGAGCGAGUGAGCAGGACUGAGUGAGAGAGCGAAUGCACGCCUGAAAGUGUGUAAGUGCAUACAGUUCUUCACUUCCUGGUUAUAACUGCAGGAGAACUGUAUCUGGGGUCAUUUGAGUGCAAAAAAAACAAAAACAAAAAAACCCACUGUCUCUGCUUCUGAAAGGGGAAUCAGUAACUCUUUGCAUUUUCUGUUCCACAAGAUAUGCAAAAACAAUGCAAUAAUAUUGAUUUUGAAUACAAUUUGUGAAUUGUGUUGGCAUUAAAAUUGUAUAGAAAAAAACCCAAGGGGAUUAAACAUACAAAAAAAGUGAGAAGGAGCUACGUUUCAAUAUAUUCCGUGUGAUGUUUUAUUGCAUUGAUAAUGUUUCUGUUGAAGAAACCGUAAUACUUGAAUUCAGGUCAGUUUCAGUAUUUUUGAACUAUUUUUUUAAAAUGAAUUGCAAUUGUGCCAAGCGAAUAUAAUGAAUUAAGUUUGUUUAAGGGGAAAAUAACAAUUCUUGCAUAUUUUGCUGCAUGUAAAGUAAAUCAUUUCGUAUUUGGAGUGUGCCAAGCUUUACCUUUGAACUUUUAAGUGCUUUUUUACGUGUGGUUGGGGCAAAUGGGAUUCUAAAUUUUUUUCAUUAUUUUUUUUAAUUUGUACAAUGAACAAAGUGUACCUGGUGUUAAGUAACUAUUCUGUAACCCACUGACAGGUUGAACGUUGACUGAUUUUGCAUA